GCUACAAAUCAUCCAACUCUCUCUAACUUGUUUCAAAAAAUAUAAUCUCACUAAUCUCUCCUCUCUCUCAAUCUCUCUCUCUUUAUCUCUCCCGAAACACAUUUAACCAACAAGAGAAAAUUAAAUGGCAGCUAUUCAAUCAUCAAGUUUCUUGUGUAGCCACAGAAGAAUCACGAAGGCUUCUAUAAAUAUUCCGAAACUAAAUAUGAGUUCUGUUGCGUUUCCGAAGCUUCAUAAUGCGAGAGGUCUGGUGCAUGAUCUGGAGUUGAUUAGAAAUAAUGGUUACGCGAAACAAGUGACUGAAAAGGCCUCUCCUCUGAGCAGUCCCGCGACCUCUCCUUAUGUUUCUGAUCCGAUAGUGAUCACGAAGCUUUACGCGAUAAUGGAUGCUGUGGCGGAUAGAGUGGAGAUGCACAAGAAUAUUUGUGACCAGAGAAAUAACUGGAACAGCCUUCUUUUGACAGCUAUUAAUACGAUCACGCUUUCGGCUGCGACAAUGGCUGGCAUUGCUGCUACCACGGUUGGGAGUCCUCUUUUGGCCUUGAAAAUGUCGUCGACUUUGAUGUACUUGGCAGCCACGGGAAUGCUGGUAAUUAUGAACAAGAUUCAGCCGUCUCAAUUGGCUGAAGAGCAACGAAACGCGACGAGGUUGUGUAAGCAGCUGCAUAACCAGAUUCGGACGUUGAUUGCUAUUGGCAAUCCCACGGCUCGAGACGUGGAUGAGGCAAUGGAGAAGGUGUUGGCUAUUGACAGGGCCUUCCCCUUACCUUUACUUGGAAAAAUGAUUGAGAAGUUUCCGGGUUCCGUGGAGCCCACCGUGUGGUGGCCUAAGCACAGAAGAGGCCAGCUCAAGGGUGAAAAAAUUAAAAGUAAUGGGAAUGGGUGGAGUGAAAAAAUGGAGGAGCAGAUGAGGGAAAUUGUGGGUGUUUUGAACAAGAAUGAUAAGGCUGAUUAUUUGAGAUUAGGUGAAAAGGCUUUAAAGAUUAAUAAGGUGAUGGCUAAGGCAGGGCCUUUGCUAACAGGCUUAGCUGCUGUUGGGAGUGCUUUUGUGGGGAGCCCUAGUCAUGGCUCGUGGGCCGUGGUGCUCGGAGUCGCGGCUGGAGCCUUGGCUAGUGUGGUCAACUCAUUGGAGCAUGGUGGUCAGGUUGGCAUGGUGGUGGAGUUGUAUAGAAGUAAUGCUGGAUUCUUCAAGCAAAUGGAGGAAGAUAUUGAGUUUAAUUUGAAUGAAAGUGAUGUGGAGAGAAGGGAGAAUGGGGAGUUGUUUGAGAUGAAGGUGGCUUUGAAUCUUGGAAGGAGUCUUUCAGAAUUAAGAAAUCUUGCAGAUUCUUCUAAAAGAGAAGGAAAGGAUUUUGAAGAGUUUGGAAGCAAGCUAUUCUGAUAGAUGAUUAGUGAUGUUAAUUAGUAGUUUACUAUGAUUAAGCUUGUGAUUAACUUUGUGUAGGUCUAGCAAGAACACAAAUUUGUAUAUUUUGUAGAGAUCAUGUUACUUCAUUGAUGAUCAUAUAUUAACAUAUUCUUUUAUUAAUA